AGAGAUAGCAGUUUCCAGUUUUGCGCACAUUCCAGCUAAGUAUCAUGUGGAAAUCUAUUAUACUGGCAUGUGUUGUGUGUCCCUUUAUUGUUAGCUCUGCCCCUUGCGAGGGAUGCGGAGAUUACAAAGAAAUGGACGAAGGAGACGAAAAUGUAGAAAAGAUCAUUCAUGAUAUAUUUAAAGACUUUUCUCAGCAUCAAUUUGGUCGCACGCAUUGGAAACUUAUUGAUGUUCUUAGUGCUGAAGAAGCAAAGUGCUUGGACGAAGGGGAGUGUGGAAAAGCAGCAGCCUAUCGUAUAAAGAUAUCUACUGUUCCUACCACCUGUGCGAAAAGAGAUUCCAGUUAUAAGGAUGCUCAAGAUUGUGACGCGUUGGAAGGCGCCGAAAUCCAUUAUUGCACAAUUACGGAGAAAAGAGACAAGAAAGGAGACUUUAUUUUCCAGAGAACAAGUUGCUCAAAUAGAAAGUUUCCAGAAUAAUACAGAAGAAAAAAACUUCUACUGAUAAUGAGCCAAUUAUAUUCUUUAAUAGUUUAUAUUGUUAUGCGAUAACUGAAAAAUGCAUGUGAGUUUCAAUAAAUACAAU